CAGACGUCGCUCGCUAUUGGCUGCGCUGUGGGAGUAGCAGGGAGCUUUUACAGUAUAGCCUUUGAAGAAGGCAGAGUGAAGUAUGACAGAUGAGACUGCUCUGCAUGCGAUGUUCACCGUUUGCAUAAAAGAAGAUGAAAGAUCUCGAUGUAGAAGAGUUAUUUCAUCAUUAGAUGGGGAAGGAUAUUCCUUUGGACUGCCUUUAUUUCCAGCUGUGCUCACUGACUGAUUUGAACCCCUGGUUGGAUCUGCGCUAAACUCAUGGCAGAGCCAGACGUGGAUUAAAGCACUGACGGCCUGAUCAACACCGAGUGGUUGACGAAGAAGUGCAUUGGUGAUACAAAUCGGCAAAGAUACUGUCAUUGAAGCAACUAAGUAGAUUUGUUGUAUGUGCAACAGCCACGUUUUAUUGUCAAUGGAGACCUUGUCCCAGAGCUCCAGGCUUGAGUGCCAAAUCUGUUUCAACUACUUCAGCCAACGACGCCGUCCCAAACUCCUGGACUGCCAACAUACCUGCUGCUCCGUAUGUCUGAGCCAGAUGAGGCUCAGCCAGAGAGAGAUCCGCUGUCCUUGGUGUCGCUACGUGACACAGAUCCCCAGCGGGCUUUCGGUCUCAUAUCUUCCCGAUGACCCGGAAGUACUCUCCAUUAUCAGUCUUUCUCAUUCCUCUGAACACACCCCUAUCUUUAUACAUUUACCUAACAAUGGUUGCUACCUGCUGCCUGUCCCUAUGGACGCAGAUGGGGCGCUGCUGCCUGGACAACCGGCAUGCCGGUUUGGCCCUAAAAGUGUUGGGGUGGUAAACGUCUCUGAUGGGCAGAGCCUUGUGUUGGGAGAUGACAUGGGUGAGGAGGGGAUGGAAGAGGUAAAGACCACAGCAUGGACGGGGGUUUGCACUGUGCUACUUGUGGCGUUCAUUUUGAUUUUUUUGCUGGGUAUCGUGUUGCAUAACAUGUCCUGUGUGUCCAAACGCUUCACUAUUAUUUCCUGUGGAUGAGAUGGAUAGAACAUAAGAAUUUAAAUGGACCAACCAAUGUGAAAUCUCUUAUGUGAUUUCAAAAACGAUUGUGAUCAUAUACUGUAGAUGAGCGAAAAAAGGACAUGAAAGAACUCAAGGGCAAAAUCUAUGCAGUCUAUGGUAUUUCAAUGUUUAUGAAAGCCCUGAUUCAUUCGUUCUUGGGGAAUUUGUUCAAUUAAUGUGCAGAAAUGUCAUAAAAGAAUCUAGCAGUGUUGACUUCAUGUAUUUGCAUGUUUUGUAUGUACCUGAGGGAAAUUAACUUGGUCUCUAAUACUAAACUAGAGUUGUGCGUUAUUGACAGUAUGUAGGGUUGUGCAAUUUGUAGAGAUUGUGCAACACUAAAUUGUAGAAAUGAAAUAACAUGCAUAAUAUGUUAUAUGUUAAUAAUGUAGCUGCACUGCCUUUGAAUAAUGUUCAUUGCUGUAUAUGUAUCAAAGAUGUUUCAAUUUAAGCAGUUUCUUUAAAAUACCACAAUGGUAACAAACUAUUACAUUUUUUUACUUGUGGGUUUUGAAUUUGCCUUUGAUUAAAUGAGUGAAAACAUCA